GACGGGUUGGAUAUCUCAUAAACAUCACGGUGGGCCCCACCUAGCUUCAUGUCGCAGGCAAGCCGCGUCCUUGGCGUCCGUCGCAGAGGAUUCCAGUCCGUAUAAGAUGGAAAGUGGGUGUUGAGGAUGAGUAGACAAGACCCAAAUCAGGGCUCAUGAUAAGGGCCAUGGACAUGAACCCUUUCUCUCAUCACAGCCCUCCCAAUCUUCACGGACAUCUCGCCUCCUCGCAUCCACCCUCCCAAGAUGGCCCCUUUCAUCAACUCCCAACCGUUGGAUUUCCUCGGGACAGGCAUGAUGGAAGGGUUGAAGUGAAGGACCCUAAUAGUGCAAGGAAACUUCAAAAGGCAGACAGAGAGAAAUUAAGGAGGGAUAAGCUAAAUGAGCAGUUCCUCGAGUUGGGAACUGCAUUGGACCCUGAUCGACCAAAGAAUGACAAGGCAACCAUCCUCACUGAUGCUGUGGAAAUGUUGAAGGACCUGACUGCUGAAGUUAAGCGACUGAAAUCAGAACACGCAUCACUUUCAGAAGAAUCCAGUGAGCUUAUACAAGAGAAGAAUGAAUUGAGAGAUGAGAAAGCGACUUUGAAGUCCGACAUCGACAGCUUAAAUUUUCAACAUCAGCAGAGAAUGAGUGCAAUGUUUCCAUGGGCUGCAAUAAAUCCAACAGUUCCAGUGGGAGCUUCCCCAGUUUCCUUCCCCGCCCCCACUCCAAUACCAGAUUCUAAUCCUACGAAUACCCAGGCUCAUGUCCAUGCUCCCUUUAUGCCUCCUUUCAUGCCAUUUCCUAUUCAUCCUUCUCUUCAACCUCUUCCCUUUUUUAGCAGUCCUACGCCAGACAUGACUGACCAGUAUUUUGCUUUUCCGCCUUACGCUCCUCAUGUUACUCAGUCCCAUGUUGAGAGACCUUCAGCUCAGUAUCCUUCGAUGCAGCCUUUGCCCACAUACCUCCUGCAGUUGCAGCCAUUGCUUCCAAAUUCAAUUCCAAAUUCAGAAUCUCACUCAACAAGCAUACGGGAAUCUAGAAAUGAAACCUCUGAGUUUCAGCAACCAAGUAAUGUUGCCCAAUCAUCAAUUUCUGAUUCCAGAAGGGAAUGUAGUCGGAAUGGAAGAAAAGCUUCUGAAUUUCGUGGGGGAAUGGAUGCUACCGAGUCAACAGAUUGUGGCAACAAAAGCAGCGAUUCUAAAUGUAUGGCUGCAACCGCGGAAGUUAAGGACAGCGCAAGGGUCAUGCCUGCUACCUCUUGCCACUCAAGUAGCUUGGAGUGUAGUUCUCAAGAGGCUGAAAAGGUCCAGGAAACAUUGGGUGAAACAAGAAAGACAACAGAUUCUGCAUCAUGCACAAGGUCUAACCCUGCUGGUGUUGGUUAGGAUGUCAUUUCAAGGAGUUGUUCUCCCUUGCGUUGUACGAAAGAUAAAUUCCUAUCAAGAAUCAUUGAUAGUUGUAAGUAGCUACCGAUUGUUAACAAAAAAAAAAAGUCUCAUCGGUUAUCGAUUUUUUUUAUAAAAAAAAUCAUCUGAUGGACCAAUUUUUUUUUUUGCCCUUGUUUAGUUAAUGUAGCUUUGCUGAGCCCACAUGCAUGUCUGCAUGGCAGGCAGGUGCAAUAUCCAAGCAAUCCAUUAGACGGGUACCACUCUGUAGAUUCCCUAUCCCAAGAAUCAGGUCAGAUCACUAGUUAUGUGGGCAACAGUUAACUAAGAAACCUCCGGCUGUGAACAAUUGGCUGAAGUUUUCUGAACCGUCCACUUAUUUCUAAUAUCGUGGUGCACCUACUAAGUGGACCAUCUUUAUCUUUUGGCAUUAGUAUCUGCACGGUGAGGUCUGCAUUACGCAUGGCUUAGUUAUUGUGGUGUCGUGUGCAUUAGCUGGACCUGUAAACGCAUGUGGGCCUAACAAAGCUCUAGUUAAUAGUAUGGAGAGCAGUGGCGAUGGCAGGUAACUCUAUGUCCCAAUUAAUCUCUAUUCAACUAGAUUUUGACUGACCCGUUAACAAUGCGAGCCAUCUCCUGCUGGAAUGAAUGGUUGUAUCUUUUGCGUUAAUGAUUUCUUAGAAGAUUCUGAUCAAUUAUUUAGUUUAUUUUGUUUUAAUUUUUGGAAUGAAACUUGGAAGAUUCUGAUACAGAUCAGAAGAUUGUAAGAUACAGACAAGAAUCAAAGAUCUGAUCUAUUUGCUUGUAGCAAUCUUGAAAUUGUGGAUGUUUUAUGAUGUCCAGUUCAUUGUAAAAAUUCAGCACUGUUGCUCACUGAAAUGGAUGAAGAGGGAUUAUGAAACUUUGUACAUUACCAUUCAGGUUUUCAGUUGGUGCUAGUGGAGUCCAUGAUUAAUUGAUCUAAGCUGUUGAUUUGAUGGGCUUCACUUUGGAUGGCCCAUGUACUAAAACUUCCCCAGAUCCCAGCUAAUAAAAUAUUUGACCUUCUUUUUUAGGUUCAA